GUUGAACUCAGCACUGGGUUGAAAGUUACGCCAUGUAAUUGUUUUCAACCCAGGGCCGAGAUAUUUGAGCAUGCGUAGUCUGAUUGUUGUCCUUAGCAAAAUGGAGGAGACGAUACAUGAGGAUCUGGAAAAUAAGGAAGAACUUGUAAAUACAAGCACUUAUCGCGAAAGAAGAUUUCGUUGGGACAAGGAUGACAAAAUGGAGAACUUGAUACGCUGUUUGGCCAACUAUAAAAGCCAAAUGGAGUUUCAAAACAUGGAUUUCUAUGCUGAUAAAGUCCGAUUAUACGAAGCAAUACGCGUGGAAAUGGCGAAAAUAUAUGCUGAUGACCCGACCCAGUUUGGUCCGCCAUCUGUUACAACUCAUCCAAUAUUUGGCUUGAAAGAUGAUGUCCUUAGUGAGGAGCAAAAAGAGAAAAAAACCCUACGAGUUGCGCAAGAUCAUGAUAAAAAACUUGUAAAGAAAGGAUAUCAGCGUGUCCAUGAAAAACUGAAAGAAAUUCGACAUAACUUCUCUGUUGCUGUAACUAGUGGACGUCGCAGUGGUAGCGGAAAAAUUGUGUUACAAUUUUAUGAUGAACUGGUGAAGAUAUGGGGAGGUUCUCCGGCGACAGAGCCAUUGAAAUGUGGAACUUUCACCGAGGAAGUUAAUGCCACCAAUGCAAAAGAGCAGGAUGAUGUAAUUUUUCCUACUUCUCUUUCCCCAUCAGAAAGCCUGAAUGAUGAGAACAAUGAUGUUUCAUUAGACGACUGUUUGGACCUGGACAGUGGUACAAGAAAACGGAAGGCAAUGGCAAUGGUUCCAAGAUUAAUUGACAACAAAAGAAAGCAUCUUGAACGACAGUUAAGUGCUGCCCAGCGUGACCAGCUCCUGUUAAAGGAGGCCAAAGAAGAUGCACAAUUCAGGAAAGACAUGACUGAUGCAAUAAAGCAGUCUGAUGUAACCUUUGCCACAGCAAUGCAGCAAAUGAGUCAAUCUAUUGCCCAAGUUGCCCAAUCAAUGCAAAUGAUGACUCAGGUAUGUGCACAGCAAAACAACCAUCUACAAGGCAUGCCCUAUAGUCCUAAUCCUUACCAUGUUCCUGGUCACAUGCCUAAUGCAACAUUCCACAAUAAUUAUGGUACUUGCCAAUUCGAUUUUGAAGAUCAUUGCUCCCGGAAAAUUGACAAUGACAAUCAAAAUGCAUAAAACUGUUUUACUUAUGAAACUCUUUAACAACAGUGAAUAUUGCCUUUCUGUAAAGAUGCAUGCAAAUUAUGUAUUUUAAAAUGUUAAAUACUUUUCCAAUAGUUAAUAUUUGAUUGUUUGCAGUAUAUUCCACAACCUGAUUCUCACAACAAUAAAACAGCAUUGUUUUUGAAACAUAAAUGUAUGAUAUUCAAUAGUUUUUAAUAGUAGCAAGUAGCCUGUAAGUUAUGUUAAUAAUAGUUAUAAGGCAAGUUAUGGGUAAUGUAAUCUGUUAGUAGUGAACGAACAGUUUCACCAUCUAAGUUGUUACAUGAAUAUAUUUGAUCAGGCA